ACAAAAAUUUUCGAAGAAAAUACAUACAAAUUUAUGUCAACUUCACUCUUAUCCCCUUCCUUUUCUUUUCUGUUUAAAUCCACCCAUUUUCCCAUUGUAGCAUGUAAAUUGCAAUACAGCAGUCCUUCAGCCCAUUCACACUCCCACGGAAAACCCAAAAAUGGAAUUCAGUGCAGGAGCUAACCAGCGGAUUGCAAGAAUCUCAGCUCACCUCCACCCUUCAAAUUCUCAGAUGGGGGAAAGCUCCAUGCUGAAGAGAUCUGAAUGCCGAGCAAAAGGAGGUGCACCUGGAUUCAAAGUUGCCAUCUUGGGUGCUGCGGGUGGAAUUGGGCAACCUCUGGCAAUGUUGAUGAAAAUAAACCCACUUGUCUCAGUUCUCCAUCUGUAUGAUGUUGUUAACGCACACGGUGUCACAGCUGACAUUAGUCACAUGGAUACUGGUGCUGUGGUCCGGGGAUUCCUGGGACAGCCACAGCUUGAGAGUGCUCUUACUGGCAUGGACCUUGUGAUCAUACCUGCUGGGGUGCCAAGAAAGCCCGGAAUGACAAGGGAUGACCUGUUCAACAUCAACGCUGGAAUUGUCAGGACACUCUGCCAAGGAAUUGCAAAGUGCUGUCCAAAUGCAAUUGUCAACUUGAUCAGUAAUCCUGUGAAUUCUACUGUGCCAAUUGCAGCUGAGGUUUUCAAGAAAGCUGGUACUUAUGAUCCAAAGCGACUUUUGGGAGUUACAACUCUUGAUGUUGUCAGAGCAAAUACUUUUGUGGCAGAAGUUCUGGGACUUGAUCCAAGGGAAGUUAAUGUUCCAGUUGUUGGAGGUCAUUCAGGGGUGACAAUUUUGCCUCUUUUGUCGCAGGUUAAACCUCCAUGCACCUUCACCCCAGAAGAAACUGAAUACCUGACAAAUCGAAUUCAAAAUGGUGGAACAGAAGUUGUUGAGGCAAAAGCUGGAACUGGUUCAGCAACUCUGUCAAUGGCAUACGCAGCAGUCAAAUUUGCAGAUGCAUGCCUCCGUGGCUUAAGAGGAGAUGCUGGUGUUGUGGAAUGUUCCUUUGUAGAAUCACAGGUGACAGACCUUCCUUUCUUUGCAACCAAGGUACGCCUUGGUCGUAAGGGAGCUGAAGAAGUCUACCAGCUUGGACCCCUCAACGAGUAUGAAAGGGUUGGGCUAGAGAAAGCAAAGAAAGAGUUGGCUGGAAGCAUUCAGAAGGGAAUUAACUUCAUCAAGAAAUGAAAUAGUGACCAAAAUAUCUUGUAUACUUAGCCUCUUUUGUUACCUAUUUAGGGCUCAGUAUACGUUACAUUGCUUCCCCAAAUCUCCUCAUGUACUAGUCUCAUACACUGGAGCCUUGACUUAAUAUAUUCUACAUUCUACCUUCUCUCAUCUGAAUUAAUGUAUGUCAAGUAUUAUCUUGACGCUGCACACUGAAACAAACUGACCUCUACACCAUUCAAAUGGAAGAAGAUAGAAGUUAUAGAUAACUUGGGAUUCUGUUAUUUGUAGUAUCAUCAUAAAACUUUGUACAGCUU